AUGCACAAACCAUCUCUGGCUCAAAUCGUACAUCGAGCAUCUUUUCCCCGUCAGCGUACUAGCGACCCAGCAACCUUUGCCGCCCAUAUCGCUCUCAAUCUGGUCCCUGAAGUUCGCAUCGAAACAUCUACCUUUUAUGGGUCACUAGACAGCGUUGAAGCUCAGUAUCCUGGCUUGGAUUAUUCCUACGGACCGCAUCGCAUGAGGCUGAGCCGUUUUCCGUGGCAUUAUAAGUUGUUUCGAGUUUUCGACGAGCUUGGUCUAUCAGAGGAGGAAAUAAGCUCUCUAUGCCGCUGGGAAGGAACGAAAUCUGCACGGCAGCGUUAUGAGAAAGAGGAGGGUGUGAAGGUACGCGACACAACCGCUGAUGCAAUCCGACCUGCAUCUCCCGCACCGCUCCCUUCGGUCAUAGUCCAUGUUGAGGACGGCCAGGGCCCCAUUCACGAAACACGAGUCAGGUCUGCGAUUUAUGAGGAAGUCGAGAUUCAAGACGGCAUAAUCGACGAUCGAGGUAUCGAGUGUGAGCCGACACAUGAAGGCGAAGACUCAAGUGAUGACGAGAUGGAAAGCUGCGGGGUGGAGCUCAACCACCGUCUCCUCGUCGCAACGGCUGCACGAGAACGAGGUGCUGAUGUACCUUUGGACGAGGAUUGGGAACAGUGGCUCAAGGAAGCGGGGGAACGUGGGAGUUACACGGAUGUGCUCAACGCCAUCCGUAGAGGCCAGCCGUUGAAUUAUCUGUACGACAUCCCGGCCUCGAUGCAUCGUACAAGCAGGGCUUCGAUUCAACAUUCCGUGUCUUUCGCUGAGCCGUUGAACCUGCCGACACCCCCUAGUUUGCUCUCACCAAACACUGCGAUUCGACGUUCGCCCCAAUCGCCUGCCAGGGCUGCGCGAUAA